AUGCCAGUAGUUGGUGUAGCUUCCAAGCUAAGGCAACCCUCUGUGGUGGGCACCAAGCCGGUGCACACAGCCCUCCCCAUCCCCAAUGCUGUCAGAGCCGCUACCUUGCAGAGCCUCAUGACCCAGCAGCAGGAACUCAAGGCAAAUGACGGGGCUCCGGGACUCAACUGCCAGCUGUCAGUCAAGUCCCAGUACCAGCAGGGGAAGAUGCCAGAAGGCAAGUCCAGAUCAGAGACAGAGGAGAGUAAGAUCUGCAAGAUUGAGAAUGUGGACGCCUGCCUCAGUUUCUUGGAUGCCAGAGGAGUGAACGUACAAGGGCUCUCAGCAGAAGAGAUCAGGAAUGGCAACCUGAAAAGCAUCCUUGGCCUCUUCUUCAUCCUGUCGCGCUACAAGCAGCAGCAGCAGCAACAGCAGCAGUACUACCAGUCCCUUGUGGAGCUCAGCCAGCAGACGAGCAGCACGGCAUCGUCCACCAGCAGCCUCAAGACACAAGAGAUGCAGUCCAGUCUCACAGCACGAUAUGCAAGUCCUCCGGGCCACAGCGGAAUAGGGUCGCCGCAGAAGAAAAACACAAGGUUACCUGGGCCCUCCAGAGUACCUGCUGCAGGCAGCGGGGCCUCCCGGAGCCCAGGCUCCUCCAACCUCAACCGGCGGAGCCAGAGCUUUAACAGCAUCGACAAGAGCAAGCCUCUUCAAUAUGCAAGCAGCAACGACAGAGUAUCCAGUGGGAUGAAUGGGAGUGGGAUGGUUCCCACCAGCCUCAGUGGGCAGCAGCUGGCCUCUGCCAUCCCCUCACCCACAGCUGGGAAGUCCUGGCGCAGCAAGUCCAUGAACCUCAAGCACAGUGCAACUUCCUCCAUGCUGGCAAGCCCUACACACUCACCUUCCACUACACCUUCCCCACAGGCUCUGGAAGGCGUUCAAUCACAUGGAUGUGACGUGUCGAAAGUUGGGUCGGGUGUUCCUUCUCCCCAGAGAUCAAUGUUAGAGAAGUUUCGCCUAAUCAACCCUCGUUCAGCUUCGAGAGCAUCACCAUCUAUGGCAGAAAUGGCUCUACAGGAAGAAGAUGACUUGUCAGAGUAUGGUGAGGAUGGACUAACCCCCAUGGGCUCAGUGUGCAGCAGUGGCAGUAGCAGUGCUACAGCCAAGCAAAUGCCUGCAAAGACCCCAGCAACAUCCCUUUCUGCCCCCAGCAAAACCUCAUCUUCAUCCAUCUCCUCAUCUUCUAAAGCCAGUGGCAGCAGGUCUUUGACUCCAUGUAAAGACAAGGAUGACAAAAGCAAACAUGGGAAAUCUUCUAAAGACAGCUCACCUCCAAAAGAGGAGCGGGAGACUUUUGCUGACCCCACAAAGAAGACCUCAAAAAUUGCAAGCUUCAUCCCCAAGGGAGGAAAGGCAUCAUCAGGGAAGAAAGAUGGCAGCACCUCCUCAGCUUCCAGUGGCAUACCAAAAUCGGGACUUAAAGCACCCUCCACAACAUCGGCAAAGCCUCAGAGCUCAUCCCAAACCCAGAACCAAGUUGCCUUAAACAGCAGUGGCAACAUGCGGGCAGGAGAAGGUGAAAAAGCCAAGCUGACCAAAGGAGGACAAGGUGGGAGUUUUUACAUACAGCGCUCCACUAGUGGCCCAGAAGGCAAGCGGACAAGCAUGACCUCAUCAACCAGUACAUCAGCCCUGUCUGGGUCCAGUGGGAUGCUGGGAGUAGGAGCAGGAGGAGGGGGUGGUGCACUUGGAGGGAAUGGAGUAGUUCAGCUUCCUCAACAGCAGCAGCAUAACCACCCCAAUACCGCCACUGUUGCACCUUUCAUGUACAGGACAUUCUCAGAAAAUGACUGCACCAUGGUGGCCCCAGCUGACCCCUGCCUCAGUCCCACCAAAGGAGAGCUAGUCUACAGCAAGACAGCCAAACAGUGCCUGGAGGAGAUUUCAGGAGAGGAUCCUGAGACGAGACGUAUGAGGACAGUGAAGAACAUCGCUGACCUGCGGCAAAACCUGGAAGAUACCAUGUCCAGUCUACGGGGGACACAGAUCAGCCACAGUACUCUGGAAACAACCUUUGACACCACUGUAACCACCGAGGUCAAUGGGCGGAGCCUACCCACCCUUGCUGCACGCUCCUCCCCCAUGGCAUGGCGUCUCGGCCAAUCACAACCCCCCCGUCUCCAGGCGGGCGACGCCCCCUCCAUUCCAAGUGGAUAUUCUGCGCCCAGAUCGAGCACAGCGGGUGCUGGCACCAGCGCAGGCCGCUACAGCGGGCACUCGGACUCCUCCAGAUAUCUAACAGAUGUCAGCCUUCAUCUGUACGCCAGGAAUCCAGGACGAGGCGCAGACGGAGCUUCUUCUCGGGAAGCCACCCAGAGAAGAAGCAAAGACUUUCAGGGUGACGUCGACAGCUGGGACGACAGCAGCUCGGUGAGCAGCGGCUUUAGCGACACGUUGGACAACAUCAGUACGGACGAUCUAAACACGCCUGCGUACUCCACGGCAAGCUCAUCGCGCAAAGCCAAGGGGGCACAGUCCCAGAAAGGGAGCAGGUCCAAGCAUGCUGAACAGGAAGUGAGCAGCAGUUGGGUGGGAGCUGAAGACCUGAAGAAAGUGGAGGAAGAGCUGGAUGCGAGCAUGGAUCCAAACAGCAGCCCCUCCCGCUGGAAGUCGUCCUCAUCAUCCUCUUCCUCCCAAGCUCAGGCCCAGUAUGAGGACACUGGUCAGAAAGCGGCUGCGUUGGCCCAGAUGUCCCAGACCGGCUCAUGGAGGAGGGGCAUGACAGCCCAGGUGGGGAUUACACCACCCAGGACCAAGGGGACCACCACAGCACUCAAAACACCUGGUAAAACUGAUGAUGCUAAGGCCUCUGAAAAGGGAAAAGUACCUUCCAAAGGGUCAGCUGGCAUCCAGCGCUCACCCUCAGAUGCUGGGAGAAGUAGUGGAGACGAAGGCAAGAAACCCCCUUCAGGCAUGGUUCGCCCACCCACCACUGGCUCAUUCGGAUACAAGAAGAUCCCCGGUCCCUCUGGUGCUCUAAUUACCACCAGCGGUGCAACGCUCACUGGUGGUUCAGCCACCCUGGGCAAGGUGCCCAAAUCUUCAGCUGCACUCGGUAAAGGCAUGAGCGGCGUGCGGAAGACCAGCCUGGACGGCUCGCAGCCUCAGGACGACGGUGUUCUGCUGAGCUGCAGUGGCUCCAAGGUGACUCUGCAGUACCGCUCCCUCCCCAGACCUGCCAAAUCUUCCAGUGGGGCGGCAGCAGGGCGCAGCGGGCACCGCUCCAGCUCCAGCAGCAUCGACUCGAACGUCAACAGCAAGUCAGCAGGCGCUGCAGGAACGCAACCAUGCGCCAAACGGAGGGACGGAAAAGUGGGCUCUGAGCGCUCUAGUCCUAUUACCAUCAACCAGACGGACAAAGAGAAAGUUGGGGGGUCAGAUCAAGACCCGGCUGCAGGACUGUCUACCUCUCCAAAGUCCAGCCCCACCUCCAGUUCAGCAGGCCAGUCAGGCCUCAGGCAGCCGGGCUCUAAAUACCCCGACAUCGCCUCUCCUACAUUUCGCAGAUUGUUUGGCACCAAAGCUAGCAGCAAGGCCAGCUCUCCGGGCACGCCCGACUCUGGCAAGUGCCCGUCAAUACUGAGCAGCCCCCACGGCACGCUGGCGAGGCAAACCAGCCUGGACUCCCCCUCCUCUGGCACAGGGAGCCUGGGCAGCGCUGGCGGUCUGAGCGGGGGCAGCAGCCCGCUCUACGGUAAAACCCCAGACCUGUGCAUUGACUCCCUGGCUUCCAGCCCGGCCUCUGGCCUCUCCCUGCCCUCCAACGCUCGGCCCUGGCCUGCCUGUAGCUCAUCAGCCGGCAGCAAAGACACACUGAGCUGCCAGAGCAUGACCAGUCUGCACACCAGCUCUGAGUCCAUCGAUGUGCCGCUGGCCCACCAUGGGCCCAAGGUCACACGAACCGGCAGCGUCAAGUCCACCCUGUCUGAGGGCAUGCCCCUCGACAGAAACACGCUUCCCAAAAAGGGACUGAGGUACCCGCCAUCUUCUCGGCAAACAUCCCACGAAGAAGGAAAGGAGUGGCUCAGAUCCCAUUCUACAGGAGGCCUUCAGGACACCGGCAGCCAAUCCCCACUCUCACCACCAGGAGCUUCCUGUAACACCGCUGGAAAAUAUCACUACUCCAACCUAUUGAGCCCAACCAACAUCAGCCAGUAUAACCUGCCACCAGGCAGCAGCAGCAUCAGCCGCUCCAACAGCAUUCCUGCCCAUGACUCCUUUGACCUGUACGGGGAGGGUCACCCACUGGGUGGCAGUGCAACCUCCCUGGAGGAAAGACCACGGGCCAUCAGCCGCUCUGGGUCUUUCAGAGACAGCACUGAUGAAGUCCAUGGGUCUUCUUUGUCUCUGGUCUCCAGCACAUCGUCAUUAUACUCAGCGACAGAGGAAAAAGCACAUUCUGAGGGCCAAACUGUCCAAAAUUCUACGCAAAUCAGAAAGCUUCGUCGGGAGCUGGAUGCCUCUCAGGAGAAGGUGGCGACCCUCACAUCUCAGCUGGCUGCCAAUGCUCACCUGGUAGCAGCCUUCGAGAAGAGUCUGAGUAACAUGACCUGCCGCCUGCAGAGCCUCACCAUGACAGCUGAACAAAAGGAGUCAGAGUUGGCUGAGUUGAGAGAAACAAUAGAGGCACUGAAAACACAAAACACAGAUGCCCAAACAGCCAUCCAGGUGGCACUCAACGGCCCGGAUCACCUUCACAAAGACCUCCGGAUUAGACGGCAGCACUCGUCAGAAAGCAUGUCGAGCAUCAACAGCGCAGCCAGUCACUCCAGCAUGGGCAGCUUGAGCAAGGAUGCUGAGGAUAAAAAGAAGAAGAAGAAGAGCUGGUUACGCAGCUCCUUUAAGCAGGCGUUCAGCAAGAAGAAAACCAAGUCGCAGUCGUCCCACGAUGAGACGGAGGAGAUGACGGACUCUCUGCCCUCCUCGCCCAAACUGCAGCAUGACAACAGGCAAGGCAGCGUUGCGACGCUGCGCUCCUCGCCCUCCACCACAGAGCUUUGUGAAUGCACAGAGGCCGAGGCUGAAAUCGUCCUCCAGCUGAAGAACGAGUUGAGGGAGAAGGAGCUCAAGCUGACAGACAUUCGUCUGGAGGCGCUUAGCUCCGCCCACCACCUGGACCAGAUCCGAGAGGCCAUGAACCGCAUGCAGAACGAGAUUGAGACCCUGAAAGCCGAAAACGAUCGUCUGAAGUCCAGCGGUAACGCCACCCCUACAGCCACUCCCGUCAAGACAGCCCGGCCGCCGUCUGAGACCUCCAGCACGUCCUCGUCCUCCUCGCGUCAGUCACUCGGGCUGUCCCUCAAUAACCUCAACAUCACAGACACGAUCAUGUCUGAUAUUCUGCUAGAUGAGAGCUACGAGGGAAAUUUGCGUAAAGAAAGCCGGAGCGUGCGGAUAACGGUCAGGAUUAGCAGUGGACCAAACAUCACCAAGGGCACAAAAGGCCAAGACUUCCUGAUUGGCUCUAUAGGAGUGAGUGGGAAGACCAAGUGGGACCUCCUGGAUGGGGUCAUCCGGCGCCUCUUCAAAGAGUAUGUGUUUCGAGUGGAUCCUGGGACAAGCCUGGGUCUGAGCUCAGACAGUAUCGUCUGCUACAGGAUGGGGGAAGUGAUUCGCUCGCAUGCCUCUGAAGUGCCUGAGCUGUUGCCCUGCGGCUACCUGGUGGGAGACAACAUUAUCAAGGUUAAUCUUAAAGGUGUGAAGGAGAACAGCAUCGACAGCCUUGUGUUUGACACACUCAUUCCAAAGCCCAUAAUCCAGAGGUACCUCAACCUAUUGAUGGAACAUCGUCGGAUCAUCUUCUCAGGACCCAGCGGCACAGGAAAAUCUUUCCUGGCUGCCAAGCUGGCAGAGUACAUCAUUUCACAGAUGGGGAAGAAGCUGACUGAGCACAGUGUGGCCCGCUUCAAUGUGGACCAGAACUCCAGCAAGGAUCUGCGGCAGUACCUGUCCACCCUGGCAGAGCGGUGUAAUUCUGAGAGGACAGACUCUGAGCUCCCCACUGUGGUCAUCCUAGACAACCUGCACCACAUUGGCUCUCUCAGUGACAUAUUCAACGGCUUCCUCAACUGCAAGUACCACAAAUGCCCUUAUGUUAUUGGGACCAUGAGCCAAGGAGUUUCCUCUUCUCCGAACCUGGAGCUGCACCACAACUUCAGAUGGGUGCUAUGCACCAACCACACAGAGCCGGUCAAAGGUUUUCUGGGUCGCUUCCUGCGCCGGAAACUGAUAGAGACCGAGAUAGACAAGAACAUGCGCAGCAACGACCUGAUUAAAAUCAUCGACUGGAUCCCCAAAACCUGGCAGCACCUCAACAGCUUCCUGGAGGCGCACAGCUCCUCUGAUGUCACUAUAGGUCCCCGUCUCUUUCUGUCCUGUCCCAUGGAUGUAGAAGGUUCUCGGGUCUGGUUCACUGACUUGUGGAACUACUCUCUGGUGCCCUACCUGCUGGAGGCUGUCAGAGAAGGUCUACAGCUUUACGGUAAGAGAGCGGUGUGGGAGGAUCCGUCCAAGUGGGUGAACGAAACAUACCCGUGGAACGCCGCCUCACUGCAGCAGGAAGGCCAGUCGUUGCUUCAGCUGAGGCCGGAGGACGUGGGAUAUGACGGCUACAGCUCGUCCAAGGAAGGGGCGUCGUCCAAGCAGGUGUCCCAGAGUGACACAGAGGGAGACCCACUGAUGAACAUGCUGCUGCGGCUGCAGGAAGCAGCCAACUACUCGAGCACACAGAGCUGCGACAGCGACAGCACCAGUCACCAUGACGACCAGCUGGACUCCUCGCUGGAGUCGGCCCUAUGAGACCAAGAGCUGCGCCGACAGACGCCGAUCCUCCCGGGACCUUUGAACCGGCCCUGGUUACUCCCUAGUCCACAGACAUCUGAUGUAUGGAAUGAUUCAUUACCCAGAAAGGAAAUGCCAACCAUUCAAAAGAAAAAGCCUAUUUUGACUUGGUGAUGGUGCAAUAUUAAAUCAAAUUUUAUGUUUUUAAAGUGGCGCCAACUCUGUCCUCAGUG